UUAUCUAACAUUAUCUAGGUAUGCAUGACUCAAGGUGCGUGUCAACGUUAAGAUAAGGCUUUUCGCGCUUGCGCGGACGGCAGUCGGGAAACUGAGGCGUGCGGGUACAACGUCCAUUUGUAAAACGGCAGCGUUGUGUUUACCCUCCAAUUAUUGAGAACCCUUUCUUCUUUCACCCGGCUUAAAGCCGCGACGACGGCCGUUGUUUGAGGGUAACUCCUUCACUCUGUACACACGUACGUAAAUAGGCGUGGGAGGGGUCACGUCUCGGCAAGGACGGACCGCCAUUCCCCGGAAACCGCGUUCAGGAGGCCAGAGGACAUCGCAGAGCUGACCGAGUGUUAUCACGGUUACUGAGACUUCGCGGAUCGGGUGACGGAUAUUCCGGGUUACCGCUGACACGUGACGAUUUCUUCAAACCAUUGCCGUGAGGUGUGGGGGAACAUGGCGUGGCAGGGGAAACGGUUCUACGGUCCCUUCCUGUCGUGUCUUCUCUCUGUCAUCGCAGGUGUUGCUGCCCAGACCUGCAACUUUGACUCCGGUAACUGUGGCUGGACGGCCUCGGUGGUGCCGAGCAGUGGGUCGUUCUACUGGUCCAGGUUGAACUUCAGGAGCCCAACACCCGGCACCGGGCCCUCGGCUGACCACACCACCGGCAUAGAAUACCGAGGAUAUUACAUCCACACUGAUGCCAGCUACGGAGCUCAAGGUGAACAAGCGUGGCUCACAAGCCCCACAGUAGACGCAUCGGCGGACCAAAACUUCACGUUUUGGUACAACAUGUACAGCAACAGGUUGAACGGCAUGGGGAAGCUGCAGCUCUUCCUAGUCCCGACAGGAGGCGUCCUUGGCAACGACGGACUGCUGUGGGCAAAAGACGGGAACCAAGGCGACCAGUGGAUAUAUGCCUCCGUGGUGAUCCCGCAACAAUCGGCGUACAAUCUUGUGUUUGUCGGCACGAGAGGCUUGAGCAUAGCGGGAGACAUUGCCCUCGACGAUAUCGUUAUUGCUGAUGCAGACACGUCUUCUGACUCUGUCCUGCGAUACGCCUGUGACUUUGAGACGACGGACCUGUGCGGGUACGUCCAGCACGAGACUGACCAGCUGCAGUGGACGCGCCAACAGGGGGCCACACCCAGCGCCGGGACCGGGCCGUCUGCUGACCACAGUCUGGGGACAGACGGCGGUCACUACAUGUACCUGGAGACCAGCUCUGACGGCAGUACUACUCCUCUCAGCGAAGGUGAUGCCGCCCGGCUGCUCAGUCCCCGCUACCCUCCAACAACCUCCAUGUGUCUGACGUUCUUCUACCACAUGUACGGGGCGAACAUAGGGAGUCUGCGGGUGUACGUGAAAGAGACGGGCACUCUCACUCUGACGUGGUCCAAGAGCGGAUCCUUGGGGGACACGUGGUACAUGGCGGUGGCGCCACUAGUGACAGGCGACGAAUUUCAGAUUGUUUUCGAGGCGGCACGUGGGAAUGGUGCGUUUGGAGACAUCGCUAUUGACGACGUGGUCAUAGUAAACGGGUCAUGUCCAGUGCCAAGCGUGACACCUGCACAGACUACCACCCCAACAACCGUAGCUACAACGCAACCGACUACAACUACAAAGUUGAUACCGACGACAACACCGUUAGCAGCGGUGACAACUCCAUUUGCAGCGGCAUCUACAACUCAUUCCACAUCGUACUUCACUUUGCUCACUACGCAAACCUCAGUUACAUCUACUCUCAUAACGCUUGCACCUACGUCUGGUACUACGCCCUCUAUGGGAGUUUCAGAAGGCACAACGACGAGCAAGGCACUGCUGGAGUCAACAACAACAGGAGCAAACGAGACAUCAGAAGUUUUGGGGCGGACUGACAACGGUAUAGACUACCUUGACGGCGUAGGGCUGGUGGCGGGUGUGUGCGUGGCCGUGCUGUUCUGGGUAGUUGUGUACGCCGUUGUGGUCCACUUCAUCCGCAAGAAGCGCCAAAAACAACAACAGCAGAAAAAGAAAAAGGGACACUUUGACGUUGAAUACGACCCCACUUUUGACGACAUCAGUACAAAAUGGAGAGAUGAUGACGAUGAUGAUGGUGGACCCAGGAUAAAAACUGUUCCGGAUAUGCAGGGCAUGAAUGGAGGUACGGAUAUGCACGUGAAUGGAUCUCCUCAGAACGGACCCGUCGCAACUAGGGUGGACGUGGACAUUGAGAUUGACAAGGCGUAUCAUGACAACACUGACGAACAGUUGGAGGCAGACGUCACACUCGAUCAAGAUCCGCCAACAUACGUCAACCUUAAUGAUGACGUCACAACCGCAGACGACGAGAACCAGGCUAACCUUACCAGAGAAGCCGACACGACAGCCGAUAGCACACAGGAUCAAACAGAACUCACCACAGACAGCGGACCGAAUGUGAUAAAUGGUGCGUCGGAAUUCGACGAAAGCCUCGCCAGUCCAAGGUCGGACGAAGGCAUCAUAUUCCUAGAGCCAUCAGGUGUGGACGAUGGGGCCGAUUCCGCCAUGUGCGUACCGGGUUAUGACGAACUUACAGAACAGACAGUUGUCUAACCGUCGCAGGAGUCAGGCAACUUAAACCAAUGUCUUAUACGCUGCAUUGAUAGAAAAGAGGCGAUCGACAACUGAUCUUUCCACGUUCUCAGUUGGUUCAUUCUUUAGAAUGAGUACUCUAUUGGCUUACACUAGUACAUUAUAUACCAUUCUGAAGCAUGUGUAGCAUGCAUUUGAAAAGCUUAAAGCAAUUUAUUGCCAGAGAUAUCAUUUGUAAACAGACUACUUAAAUGCGACUUAACAGCUAUGUAUCCAUCUUCUCAUUUUUUUUUAGGAAUUCGACGUUUUUGAUUGUAUUAUCAGUCCAUGAAGUUAACAAUAUAGCUCAUAUUUUUCCUGAGAGAGUCUCUUGUCGAAAAAAAAGUGCAAUAAUAAAAGGCGUUCUUUCAAACCCA